AGAAUCACACAGGCACUUCACGGUCAUCUGUGCCUGAGUGCUCUGUUUUGCCCAGCCAGACUGUGCGAGUCAAUCCUCUCUAGGAAGUUCUAGAGGCCCUGCAUUUCUGGAGGAACCAGAGCUCCCCGUGGCUGUGGCUAGGCAGGGAGUUGGGAACUCCCUCUGGGCCUCCAUUUCCGAUGAUGCUUAAGCUUCCUGAGUUCUAGAAGGGCAAGAAGCCUCCAUUCUGGCCAGCUGCAGGCCACAUGCAGCCCUUCAGUAUCCCGGUCCAAAUCACACUGCAGGGUGGCCGGAGGCGGCAGGGCAGGACAGCACUUCCAAACUCAGGCAAAAGCAAUGGAGACCUACCAAAGGUGCACCCAAAGCUUUCAUCAAGUGCUGGAGAGGACCGUGCCACACUGCUGGGUGUUGCCAUGAUGGCCUUCUCUGUGUUGAUGCUCUUCCUGUUGGGGACCACUGUGUUGAAGCCCUUCAUGCUCAGCUCUCACAGAGAGGAGUCCAACUGCACCACCGUCCACACACACAUUGCAGAUGGUUGGCUGGACUUUGCCUUCACCUGUGAGGGCAGCUGCCAGGAUCACGGCAGGUAUCCCUGUCUGCAGGUGUUUGUAAACCUCACCCACUCAGGCCAGAAAGUACUUCUCCACUACGAUGAUGAGGCAGCCAGAGCCAACCCCAAGUGCUUUUACACACCCAAGUGUCACCGAGACAGGGAUGAUCUGCUCCAUAGUGCCCGAGACAUCAAGGAAUUCUUCGAUCACAGAAAUGGAACUUUCACUUGCUUCUACAGUCCCGACGGGCAGCUGGGAGUUGUCCUGAGGAAGUCUGGCCACAAGGUUGUCUUUCAUUGCUUAUUUUGGCCUUUGCUGACUUUGCUGGGUGGGGCCCUGAUUGUUGGCUUGGUGAGGUUGACUCAGCAUCUGUCUCUUCGGUGUGAACAGUACGGCAUGGUGGUGAGAGUCCAGGCAGGUGGCAGAGCACAGUCUGUGGGCAGCCACCGGUCUUCGCGGUACAGUGCGGCAGAGGCAGGGAAGGGACAGUGCUGAAGAGGCAGCCCCAGCUCUCUCACCCCGAGGCGCCCCACCUGAAGCCUUGAGCACUGCCAGGCACAGUGGAGCAAACUUGUGAUCCUAGCACUCGGGAGGCUGAGGCAGGAGGAUCAAGUUCAAAGCCAGCUUGGGUUACACACAACAAAUCUUGUCUAAGAAAAACAUGGGUUGUAGCUUCCAGACAGAGUACUCGCCUAGUAUGCACCAGCCCUGGAUUUGGUCCCCAGCAGUAAACACAGUCUCAUCUGCUUACAAAGCUGUUGUGUAAAGGAAAAGGUUGCACCGCAGCUUUCCACAUGGGAACCAGUCUUUACACGUUGACUGUUUUCUACUUAUUCUAAAACAUGUACAGUUUCAACCAUUUUUCUUCUUCCAGUCUCCUUCACACACGUCAAGGAAGCAUGCUUCCCCUCAUAGGCAACUCCAGUUCUCCGUGGACCGUGUUGGCAUGUAACAAGUCAUUACUGAGUCUAUCUGUUGAGCUCUGAGCUGUCGGUAUGUGCAGGUCACAUGGAAACGUUUCUCAUAGGAAAAGCUACUGAGAGCUGGGAGAUGGCUCAGUUGGUAAAAUGAGAACCUGAGUUUGAUUUCUCAGACACCUAAAAACAAAAGCAAGCAGGCAAACAAAACAACAAAGAGAAAGCAGGCCUGCUGGCCUGCGGAGACAGCCGACAGCCAGAAUAGCAAAUCUGUGAGUCCCAGGUCAAUGAGAGACCGUGUCUCAAACAUCUGGGUGACAGCGAGCGACUGAGGCCCGCCACCUGAAGUUGCUCUUCUCCACACACCGACACAUGCAUGCAGGCAUAUAGACCACACACUUACACAUACUCAUAGUUAGCAGUUCAUUUGCUACACGUAGCUAAAAACUGUCCAAACUGCAAGGAAACCCAGGUCUGCCACCUCUGUGGCUCAUUCUUCCUUUACCCUUCUCCAAGAAAGCUGCUGCCUAGAAAACCCAGGGUACACGUGUGCGUAUUGGACCUUGCCGUGCUCCGGGUCUUCCUACUUAGUCUCUGCACGCUGUGGAAGCAGGAGAAAUGACAAGUGUGAAGUAAGCUGUACCUGAGUCCAACAUUCACCUCAAAUAAUGCAUGCUGUAGAAUGGUCCCACUUGGAUAGUCAGUGUUCUGUAACAGAAUCAUCCAGGGGGGCUGGAAAAGGCUCACUGGUUAAGAAUGCUUGCUUCAGCUGGCCGGUGGUGGCGCACGCCUUUGAUCCCAGCACUCGGGAGGUCAGCGUGGCAUAGAACAGUCAUAGUUACACAGAGAAUCCCUGACUAGGAAAACAAAAUAAACAAGAAUAGUUGCUUCCCAGCACCCACAUGGUAGCUCACAACCAUCUGUAACUUCAGUCCUAGGACAUCCAACAUCUUGCGGCCUUUUGCAGCCACUACUGACUCGCACACAUAAAAGUACAAAAAGAAGUCAACUGAGGUAACUCUGUGUCACAAGACUUCCAGCAAGGCCUUCCAGCUUAAGAUGAACAUGUGAGCUAAGAGCUCACUGUUUCUCCGAAGUACCUCAAUGUAUCUUUACAAUUCCACAUACAAAAAUGAAAACCCUUCAUUUUAGACAACAGAAGACUUUUGAAACAACUUUUGACACGCUGCUGGAAUCAGCGUCACACCUGAUUCUAAGCCAAUUUAAAGUUGCUAGUAAUUAAAUUCAAGUCACAAAUUAGCAGCGUGGCUAAGUCUGGAGAGUGACAGUGACAGGCAAUGAAGCCAGCCUCUCACCUUCUCUCUGCUCUGGGCUGAGGGGAACAUGCUUCAGGCAGGCUUGCUUCCGGGUGGAGGCAAUUGGGAAAUGCCUCUUUUGAUGGUCUUCAGACACAAAGAUGUGGAGUGGGUCAAGACAGCAAGCUUAGUUUCUGAAGCUAUGACAUCCUCGUGCUGAGCUGCAGCAGCCUACGCUGUCAUGUUUGAUAGCGGUGGGGGUUGGAGGGGCAGGAAAGCUCCCACAGGUGUCUCUUCGCUACCCCACCUUGGCUAACUGAUCUGCCGUGUAAAGGUUGUCAAUGUUAUCUUGUAUACCAAGCCUCCAUAUAAUAAAAUACACUAUGCAUGUCCAA